AUGAAGGGCCGUCUCGAGUCUCUCGACCCCUCCAGUUGCUCAAAAAAUUCCCCACGGAACCCGCCCGACGCGACGCACCUGGCACCCACAAACAGAAAACCCCACCAGCUGAUUCUGCGAGCCUGCAAGCUACUACGACUGCGUACGAAUACGGUCCUAUUGGUACUUUAG